AUGAGAAGAUUUGCCGUUUGUUGUUUAAAAAUUUCAUCAAUAAAAUCAUCACCACAAUCCAUUAAUGCUAAUGUUCAACAACAAAAACGUGGACCAGAAUUUCUUAUUGAACCACCCGGAAUAAUUACAUUUAUAAAUGAUACCGGUACGGUAAUUACUUGCAGUGCACGUGGACAACCAUCGCCAAAAAUUUAUUGGAUUUAUGCUACAAUCGCUACAGAAAAUGGCAUUGGUGGUGGUAGCAUGAUGAAUCAUUUAAUACCGGUAGAUGGUCUGCAACAAAUUCGUCAUGAUUCUUUGGCAUCACAAUUAAUUUAUUUACCAUUUAAAUCAAAUCAAUAUCGACAAGAUGUACAUUCAAUCAGGAUACGUUGUAUAGCAACAAAUCAAUUUGGUUCCAUUCAAAGUCAUGAUAUUCAAAUACGUGCAUGUAAGUGA